AUGGAUCCAAAGGUGCGCAAUCUCUACAAGCGCUUCUUGCUGGUCGGGCGCGACUAUCCACUAGGGCUAAACCACGUGCGGGAGAAGGCAAAAGCCGCUUUCAUGGUCAAUCGCAACCUUACGGACCCCGUCGCGAUGAAAAGGGCGAUCAAGCGCGGACGCUGGAUGGUACGCGAGAUUAUAGGCGUCAUCCAGCUGAAGAAGUACAGGACGCUCAAUAGCCGCUACACGUCCGAGGAACUGCGCGAGAAGCUGCGCGACAUUGAGAAUCGCCAGGUAAUGAACGAACGCGAAUCGCAAGACAACAAGAAUGGCGAUGCGGAGAAGUGCUGA